UCCUCCCGGCGCCUACUGCUCAGUAGUCUGCAGCAUUUGAACGAAGGCGGACGAGCGGCAGCGGAGAUGACCUUACAGUGAAUUAGAGGAGGGGACGGACGGACGGAGUCAGGACUCGGAGCUCCAUCGUCUCAUUUUCGCCGCGCUGGACGUUUAGUUCGACCCAGUCGUGUCGGAGGACUUUUAGCCGGUAGGUGUUUGUCUGUGGCAGUUGAGGUCGAGCCAGUAACGGACCUCCAGAGCGCGCCACUAGCUUAAAACCGUACCUGGCUCAGGUCCGUAACGCCAGCGUGACCCAACCCAACCCAGGCCAACGGAACCCGAACCAGCGCGAACCCGCGGGUAGGACGGAAAAUGUAAGACUCCCCCCCCCCUCCCCCGUGCUUGGCCAGACCCCCCUCGUCGGCAUCUGAAACAGCUGGGUCGUGUCUGGAAGAUUGCGGAUCAGCGUCUUUUCUGUGGCCUUUAGCCAAAAUGAGCAUCGGCUCGGCCGAAUCUGCUACAUGAGUGGAGUGUAAACGAAGGCAUUUCCUCCGGAGAAGUGGACAUUUUCUCCGUAUCUGCAGAAACACGCUACCCUGGAAAUAUGGAGAGCGAGGUUUUUACCCCUUUACUGGAGCAGUUCAUGCUGACGCCUCUGGUCUGCUGGGUGAAGACCGUGGGGCACCCGACGGUGACAGACGGCUCCAAAUUAUCGGAAUAUAUUGAAUUAGUGGAUGGGAUUUAUCUGAACGAGAUCAUGCUUGAGAUAAAUCCCAAGUCCACGGUGCAGAGGACCAACAAGAAAGUGAACAAUGACCCAACACUGCGUAUUCAGAACCUUUCUAUUCUCAUCAGGCAAAUUAAGGCUUACUAUCAGGAGAGUCUCCAGCAGCUAGUGAUGAUGCCUCUGCCCAAUGUGCUGAUCCUGGGCCGUAACCCUCUCUCAGAGCAAGGUCUGGAGGAAAUGAAGAAGCUGCUGCUGCUGCUAUUGGGCUGUGCUGUUCAGUGUGAAAAGAAGGAAGAGUACAUUGAGCGUAUACAGACUCUGGAUUUUGACACCAAAGCUGCCAUAGCAUCCCACAUCCAAGAGGUGACACACAACCAGGAGAAUGUAGUUGACCUGCAGUGGUUAGAAAGUGGGGAAAUACCUCCUGAGGAUCUGGACAGCCUCUCCAGAAACCUGGCUUUCCAUCUCAAAUGCCUUGUGGAUGAAAGGGACACACAACUGGAGACGAUAGUGGAGCUAACCCAGGAGAGAGACUGCGUGCAGCUGUCUCCACUGGCUCCAUGUCCAACCCAGUCUCCUGGUGACUCUCCCAGCAUGAGAAGGACUGAAAGCCGCCAGCACCUCUCUGUGGAGCUGGCUGAUGCCAAGGCCAAGAUCAGACGCCUGCGACAGGAACUGGAGGAGAAGAGUGAGCAGCUCUUGGACACCAGACAGGAGCUUGAGAACAUGGAGGUAGAGCUCAAAAGGCUUCAGCAAGAGAGCUACCAGCUGCUGUCGGACGCUCGGUUGGCUCGGGCCUACCGCGACGAACUGGAUUCGCUGAGGGAGAAAGCAAUUCGUGUGGACAAACUGGAGAGUGAGCUCAGCAGAUACAAGGAGAGAGUGCACGACAUUGAGUUUUACAAGGCCAGAGUUGAGGAGCUGAAGGAGGAUAACCAGAUCUUGAUGGAGACUAAGACAAUGCUAGAGGAGCAGCUGGAUGCUAGCAGGACCCGGUCUGACAAACUGCAUCUACUGGAGAAGGAGAAUCUGCAGCUUAAAUCCAAGAUCCAUGAUCUGGAGAUGGAGCGUGACUUGGAUCGUAAACGCAUGGAGGAGCUUUUGGAGGAGAAUCUUGUGCUGGAAAUGGCCCAGAAACAGAGUGUAAAUGAGUCCCUGCACCUAGGGUGGGAGCUCGAGCAGCUGUCCAAAACACCCGAGUUGACUGAAGCCCCACAGAAGUCUCUGGGUGAUGAGGUAAAUGAGCUGACCUCCAGUCGCUUGUUGAAGCUGGAGAAAGACAAUCAGACACUGCUAAAGACUGUGGAGGAGUUAAGAGGAGCAUCCAGCCAGGACACUCUGGCAAAAAUGUCCAAAUUGAGCCAAGAAAACCAGAGACUGACCCAAAAAUUGGAGCAGUUGGAGAGUGAGGUGACUGCAGACAGAGAGUCACUUCGCACUGCAGAGUCCCUCAGCACUGACCUAAUGAAGGAGAAGGCUUUACUGGAGAAAACCCUUGAAACGCUCAGAGAAAAUUCUGAGAGACAGCUGAAGGGUCUGGAGCAGGAGAACAAGCACCUGGGACAGACCGUGUCGUCUUUGCGCCAGCGUUGCCAGGUGGGUGCUGAGGCCCGGGUCAAGGAUGUGGAGAAAGAGAAUCGCAUUCUUCACGAAUCCAUUUGCGAGACAACUGCCAAACUCAACAAGAUGGAGUUUGAAAGAAAACAAUUACGUAAAGAGCUUGAGGUGACGAAGGAAAAAGGUGAGAGGGCAGAGGAGCUGGAAGUUCACUUGCAUAAACUACAGAGGGAGAACGAGAGCCUUCAGAAGAAAGUUGCCAGUCUCGGAAUCACCUGUGAAAAGGUAAUCUCUUUGGAGAAGGAGAACACAGAGCUGGAAGCAGAGGGCCGCCGUCUAAAGAAGAAGCUGGAUACUCUGAAGAACAUGGCAUUUCAGCUGGAGGCUCUGGAAAAGGAGAACGCUCAGCUGGAGCAGGAGAACCUGGAACUUCGUCGUUCGGCUGAGAGCCUGCGGUCAGCAGGGGUGAAGGCUGUUCAGCUGGAAGCUGAAAACCGGGAGCUUGAGAGUGAGAAGAGUCAGCUGAAGCGCAACCUGGAGCUGCUCAAGGCCUCCUCCAAAAAGACAGAGAGAUUAGAGGUGAGUUACCAGGGCCUAGAUACUGAAAACCAGCGCUUGCAGAAGGCUUUAGAGAACAGCAGCAAGAAGAUCCAGCAGUUGGAGGCAGAGCUGCAGGAGGUGGAGACUGAGAAUCAAACCCUGCAGCGCAACCUGGAGGAGCUCAAAAUUUCCAGUAAACGCCUGGAACAGCUGGAGCAAGAGAACAAGAGUCUGGAGCAGGAAAGCUCCCAGCUGGAGAAAGACAAGAAGCUUCUGGAAAAGGAGAACAAGCGGCUGAGGCAGCAGGCUGAGAUUCGUGACUCCAAGCUAGAUGACGGCAACCAGCGCAUCGCUGCACUGGAGAAAGAGAAUCGGACGAUGGGCAAAGAGAUGAUCUUCUUUAGGGAUUCCUGCACGAGAGUCAAAGACCUGGAGAGGGAGAACAAAGAGUUGGUUAAACUGGCGACUAUUGAUAAGAAGACCCUAAUCACACUCAGAGAGGAGCUUGUGAGUGAGAAGCUGCGCACUCAGCAGAUGAAUAAUGAUUUAGAAAAACUAACCCACGAGUUGGAGAAGAUUGGACUCAACAAAGAAAGGCUGCUGCAUGACGAGGGCUCGGACGACAGGUUUAAACUCCUGGAAACCAAACUGGAAUCAACUCUGAAAUCAUCUUUGGAGAUUAAAGAGGAAAAGAUCGCUGCCCUAGAAGCCAGACUGCAAGAGUCCUCAAACCUGAACCAGCAACUUCGCCAGGAGCUCAAGACCGUGAAAAAAAAUUAUGAAGCGCUGCGCCAGAGGGAGGAAGAGGAGAGAAUGGUGCAGAGCUCUCCCCCUCGUGGAGGGGGGGACCCUCAGUCUGCCAGUAAAUGGGAGAAGGAGAGCCACGAAGCCACCAGGGAACUCCUGAAAGUCAAAGACAGACUCAUUGAGGUGGAAAGGAAUAAUGCCACAUUACAGGCCGAGAAGGCGGCUCUGAGAAGCCAGCUGAAACAACUGGAGACUCAAAGCUCCAACCUGCAAGCCCAGAUAGUGGCCGUGCAGCGACAGACUGCCUCCUUACAGGAGAACAAUACAACGCUACAGACACAGAACGCCAAGCUGCAGGUCGAGAACUCUACCCUGAGCUCGCAGAGUGCAGCUCUUAUGGCUCAGAAUGCCCAGCUACAGACCCAGCAGAGCAGCGUGGAGGGUGAGCGUGAGGGAGCACUAAAAGACAAAGAGGAGCUGAGGGCCACCUAUGAGAUGCUCCUCCGCGAUCACGAGAAACUGGCAGCACUCCACGAGAGGCAGGCGUCCGAGUACGAAGCUCUAAUCGUGAAGCACGGCAGCCUGAAAAGCUCCCACAAGAACCUAGAGCAGCAACACAGGGACUUGGAGGACAGGUACAAGCACCUCAUGCAGAGGAAGGAAGACCUGGAGGAGCUAGAAAAAAGCCUGAAAGAGCAGCAGGACAAGAUGGCAUUUGAGAAUCAAGCACACCAAACCACAGCUGAUCAGUACAAACUGCUUAAGGAGGAAAAUGACAGAUUGAAUACUACCUAUCGCCAGCUGCUGAAAGACAAUGAGAAUCUCCAGCUGGACCAUAAGAACAUAAAGAGCCAAUUAAACAGCGCCAAGUUGGAGCAGACCAAGCUGGAGGCAGAGUUCUCAAAACUGAAGGAGCAGUACCAGCAGCUGGACAUCACCUCCACCAAGCUCACUAACCAGUGUGAGCUGUUGAGCCAGUUGAAAGGAAACCUGGAGGAGGAGAAUCGCCACCUGUUGGAUCAGAUUCAGACUUUGAUGCUACAGAAUCGCACACUACUGGAGCAGACUAUGGAGAGCAAAGAUCUGUUCCACGUAGAGCAAAGACAAUACAUAGACAAAUUGAAUGAGCUCAGGAGACAGAAGGAGAAACUUGAGGAAAAGAUCAUGGAUCAGUACAAGUUUUAUGACCCCUCACCCCCCCGCAGACGUGGGAACUGGAUUACUCUGAAGAUGAAGAAGUUGAUGAAGCCAAACAAGAGUCGGGAGAGGAUGCGUUCCCUCACGCUGACUCCGUCCCGUUCUGAGAUUGGGGACGGUUUUCUUGCUUUUCCACAGGACAGCCAGGACAGCUCCUCUAUUGGCUCUGGCUCCAACUCGCUGGAUGACACACUCACACAUAAGAAGCGGAGGAGAGGGCAGCAGCCCCAUGCACAGGGGCAGAGUUCCUCCAAUGCUUUAAAGUUGCCUUUCAUGAGGAACAGAUCCAAGGACAAAGACAAGACCAAGGCCAUCUACCGGCGAUCCAUGUCUAUGAAUGACCUGCUGCAGACCAUGGCAGUGGCCGGGGGUCCAGGGGGGCAGUGGGUUUGCAGCAGUGAGAACCUUGACGGUCCUGAAGCUGGAGACGGUGCCAUUACCGGCAGCAGCAGGCGCAGCGGACAGCGCAUGAAAGAACUGGCCCUUUCCACCAACGCCAUCGACUGCGCCACCCUCACCCUGCCCGCCGCAGGGCCCGUCAGGACUAGGCCCCGGCUUCAGGUCAAAGCAGAUAACGCGUCCUGUGAGGAUGUUGUCGGCUCUCUUGAUGACCCCAAGAGUCAAGACCUGCAGGUUCAUGGCAGUGCUCUGGCUUUGUGGCCGUUCCCUGUUGUGUGCAGAGUGCCCUGUAGCAUCUGUACCUCCAGACCUUCCAGUCUCCAUAGCAACAGGACUACCAGUAGUAAUAGUAACAAUAACUCCCACCUCACUUCUCCUCUGGAGGCCAAAGGCACGCUGAACGGCAGCCUCAGCAGGCCUCACAGCGAAAGCAGCGGCGAGUUCAGCCUGAGUUUAGACCAAGAGGUGUGGUCCAGCAGCGGCAGCAGCCCCAUCCAGCAGCCCGCCUCCUCACGCUCCUCCCACCAAAGCCCCCUACAGCUGCGCAAGUCCCUGGACCCAUCCACCGCCAGCACAGGGACCCCCGACCAGACCCAGAUCAGGAAGACGGCAUCACCAGGCAACGAGGUGCUCUCCCUGCAGCAGUUCCUGGAUGAGGGUAUUGAUCCUGCAGAGUCUGGCAGUCAAGAGAACCUCACCGUGGACUCCCCUCGAUUAUCCACCUCGUCUGAGCGCGCGUUGAAAGAACGCGCUCCCACGAAGGGCCGGGGCAUUUUGCGCUCGUCCAGUGGUAAAGCAGCGCCGGUCAGCUCCGAGCGCCCCCCGAGGUCCUCAGGACAGCCGGGGCGCCCCACCCUGCGGAAGGCGGAGAGUACUCGGGUCAGAGGCUCUGCCUCGCUCCGCUCCAGCCUGUCCUCCCAGGGCAAAGCCACGUCAGUGUCCGAACGCCUGGACUCCGCUUCGUCCACGCUCCCCCGCGCCAGCAGCGUCAUCUCCACAGCUGAAGGCACCACGCGGCGGACCAGCAUCCACGACCUGCUGUCUAAGGACAACCGGCAGCCCGUGUCAGUUGACUCUUCUCCUCCUGUUGCUCCCACCAAGGCUGGAGUCCACUCCCAGCCUACAACCAGUGAGUACAACCUGAAGGGACCCCUCACCAGCACCACCCCUCUGCCCAAGUCACUCAGCCUACCUUGCCCUAGCAUGGAGGACCCUGAUCUCUCCACCCUCGAGUCUUUCCUGGGCCCGUCCUUUACUGUAGAGUCGGUGUUCAUGGACUCCAUCUUUAGUGAGUCUGCAGGCAAAAACCUCCCCUUCCUUUCCAUAAACCCCACCCUAGUCAGCAACAUAAGUGGGCCGCCUGCUACAAAUAAAACACACCCACCUCUUAACCCCGGUCACAGUUCCACCCGGAGCCAGACCUCGCAUAGCCAGUCGAACGGCCAGGUGAGAACCGGCCCAGACAGUCAAGAGUACAAGGAGGGUGUGGAUCCCAGUCAAAUGAGUGAUCUGGAUCCAUCACUGAGCCCAGAGGACAACCAGUCUCUGUGGUUUGAGUACGGCUGUGUGUGAUCUGCAGGGAGGUGAUGGCUGAUCGCUACGUGAGACAUCAGGAUAGAAGUGAACACGUUCCCCUCUGCAUGUUUAUCAGAGCACUAUUUGUCUGCGUGGCUUCUCUCUCUGUUGGCUCUGGUGCUGAUUGGUGAUCAGCUGUUUUUGUUUUUUUGUUUGUUUUAUUUUUUGUGGGAGGUGGGACUUGGUUUCUCAUGUUUCUCUCCACAGCUUUUACCAUAUUAUUAUUUACUCAUUAAACCCAUUCCACUGUCUUAACACUAUACUAUUAUCUGUUUGAAUGUGUUAAUGUCUCAGUAUUUAUGUUUUAUAGCUUGAGUUUUAAAGGGGCGAUGAGUCAAGACUGUGCAGAUUAUGGGAACUGAAUUACACAUGCUGCCAACACAGACGGUCCCCAGCAGCACCUCUUUAAAGUCACAUGACGCCGACUCUGACAGAGAGCGAACUAUGGGACUAAGCUGAAAUCUUUCACUUUUUGUUUUGGUUUAUGGGAGAACGUCUGUCUCACUGCUUUUAUCCACUAAACUGCAUGGCUUGGUUGGGUUUGGAACCCUUACUUUGAUUGCUGUGAUCAAAUUGAUGUUGUUUUGUUUGCUUGUGUAUUGUGAUUGUUUUUUUAUGGAUCCGACCCAUUUUCUUUCACACACGUCUUCAGUGGAGCGUUUGCUCUGGGGAUCAGGGGUUUUGACCUGGUGGACAUGUAACGACGAAGCUUCAUUCACAAAAUGAUGCGAUUGGUAGAUUAGAUUGGUUCAGCAAACGUUGACAGGACGGCCAUGAUUUGCAGAAACCAUAUUGUUUUGUGAAUGAUGCCAACAUCAUUUUGAAAAUAUAUUUACACAUUUAGACUCUCCCCAAUUUGAAACUGGCUAAUGUUUGAUUUUAGACUGACAGAUCUUGUACAGACUUUUUUUGUAUCUUAAGUUAUAAUCAAAGACGAGCACUGCUUCUUGUGCCUAUACCAGUAGAAGCAUCUAGAUUCUUAUUUAUUUGUGCUUUUGUACUUCUAGUUGCUGUUUUGAAAUGGCUGUAAUGUAUUUAUCUGAAGCUACAGUAUACGCAGGUAUAAAGUAAAUGAAACUGUCCAUGUCCCUGUCUACAGAUGUAACACACAUUGCCUUUGUCCUACAGAUGUGGAGGGCAGAGAGUCUAAAAGCAGGAGCGGGGAGUCGCAGCAAAGCUGCUAAACCUUGCCCCCCCCCACCCUCGUCUGUCAGCUACCAUGCUGUGAGCGUGUGGUGAGUGAGUGCUGCCCGCAUGGGAGGUCUGGAGGUUGGGGAGGAGGGGGUUUGGUGUUGUCUCCAUGGGAACCUAAAACAUGGUGUAACAGAUGUCGUCCAUCUUGCCGUGCACUUGCUUUACCCUGCUUCUCUCCGCUAAGCUCCUCUUACCGUAAAGCACCCCCCCCCCCCUCUGCCUGCACAGUCCAGUCCCUGGCCUGACGGUCCCUGUGGUGCAGAGGCCUGUUCAGAGCCUGAUGGGACCCUGGUCUCCACAUGGGCCGUUUAGCACGCUCAUCUGACUGGAUGAACGCUUUGUGUGUGUGUGUGUGUGUGUGUGUGAGAGUGUGUGAGUGUGUUUUUGUGUUUUCCCAAAUCCCCAAACGAGGAGUCCUGCGAGUGCAGCCAUUCGUCGUGCUGCUCCUGUGAUGCUGCUUGUGUUGUCGGUCAAAGUGACUCCAGCUGGUUGAAUUAGCUUCUUUCUUGUGGCUGCAUGGCUUCGAUGUAGCGCUGCUUCUCCCUCGGCAAUGCAUGUCCCCAUUGUUCAUCUCUGACUGUCUUUGUUGAUUCAAUUUAAGAUUUUAAAAACUUCUUUAUUUGUCUGCUUUGUCUAACCUGUCUCCUCUUUUCUGUCUUUCUUCCUUUCUUCUGACUCUGUGCUUGCCUGGGACUCAGAGAAAUAGGUGGCCUUGGAGCUGUGUGUCUGAAGCAUAGUAGACUUAGCUAAGACCAUCUGCAGUGAGAAAAGAUUGUAUGUCCCGUUUCUCCUUUUCUUUCCUUUAUUUGUUCUCACUUCAGUAGAGAAAAGUGGCUUCCUUCUCUGUUCUGUUCUUCUUCCUUGAAUCAAGGAAACAACAAACAUUUUAGAACCUGUUGCGGUGACAUUUUUUUCUACACAGACUCUUGUGGCAGACUGCGCUGCCACGUGUCCUUCAGUUUGACAGACUACAACAUAUGCACUAGUCUCAGUGGACUAAGAUUCAAGUGCCAAUGUUCACAAAACAGCCAAAAGCGCGAUUUUAAACCAGACUUCGGACAUUUUGGAUCUGUUGUGCAGCUGAACGGUACCAUCAGAACAAGCAAAGGGGCAACAUGUGAGUAAAGUAUGUGAGCACAAACACUACUCAGACUGAAGAAUCACAAUCUGCAUGGAGCAAUCAACCCGCCAAUCACGCGCCUCCUUUUGUCCAAUCAAAGAGGACAGUGCUUAGUGGGGACUUUACUGCCCAAAGGUCCCGGACAGGAAGCCAUGACAGCCGAGUGAUUGGCCUGUGCUGACGCCAAUCAUGAGUGAAGCCUGUAUGAUCUAAGUGAGCGAGAGGCUGAUGGGAGCGUCCAGGUCACCUAUAUAAUGGCUGGCAGCCAUUGCUCAUCCCUCUGCAUUAACCGAGCCUGCACGUAUCGUAGCUCAAGUCAUGUAAACAUAGUUCAUUGGUCAAAUUGCACUAGUUAAUCUCAUGUAUUGCUUCUUAACCUGCUCUAAAAGACAGAAGCACAGCUGAACUGUGACCUCAUGCGGUCAGUGUUGUGUACCUGCUGUCACUGCUCGUAGAUGUGACUGGAGUAUAGGUGACCUGUUCCUGCCCAGUAGAUGCAGAUUUGUGUUGCUGUGUUGUCGAACAUGAUGCUAAUGAGACCCAGUGUUUUCCUCGUUUUCCACUUUUACAUAAAUCCAUUGAUGUAAUUAAAAGUCAUCAAGAUUA